GGCUGAGGCAAGAUUCCUAAAACUGAUAGGUGGUGAUUUAUCGGGGAUGUCCACUGUCCCUGAAGUUAUUGUGGCAAGGCAUUGUGGAAUUAGAGUGUUGGGUUUGAGUUUAGUGACUUGUGCAGAAGCUAUUGGGAAAGGUAAAUGCGCGGAUCCGGCGGAACAAAAUUUGGAUGAUAUAAAGGUGCCACAAGUGAAUCACGAAGAGGUGUUUCAGGUUGGAAAAGAAAGAGCCGCGGAUAUGCAAAAAUUGGUUGGAACUAUUGUGGACUUAAUUGCAUCUACCUGA